CGCUUUAGGAAGUGGUUUCACUUGGCCAAUUCCUAGGGUGACAGUAGAGUCGAGUCACCCAGCCUCCAGCAGAUCCAGCUCCAGAUACCUAGAUGACGGAGCUAAAAAAUAUUUUGAAGGCAUUCAUAACUACUAGUCAGGCAAAUUUCGCCAGGAUGGAUCAGAACAUAACUUCUCUGGAGGCAGGCCAAAGGAACCAAGAUGUUAUACUGCAGGAUCUCCAGAACCAGAUUGGUGGCAUUGCUCGCCAAAAUAACCCCAAAGCACCGGGGACUUUGCCUGCCACCACCAUUCCAAAUCCUCGCAAGCCUCACCAGCAGCUAGUUGCCAUCACUACCAAGAGUGGCAAGACCACAUCUGCUGCUGCUGCCCAGGCCAGGCAAGAAGAGCCACUACUUGCUUCAACACUUCCAGCUGACGAUGCAUAAGUGGGGAUGGAGAAAGAAAUCUGGUUCGACUUU